UCCCUCUUUCCUGAUUGUGAGAGUUGAAACAUCACAGCACUGACGGAAGACUAAAAAAUGGCUCAGUUUAAUAGGUUUACAGGAAUUUUUCCGCUUUUUAGAGCGAUUAAGGGGAUCAAAGUGAACCAUUCUUCAAAUUAUAAAAGUGCGAUUGCUCUGGAAAACCUGUAUCCCAACAGCAAAUUAACCCUGACAACUCCUUCCAAGAUUCCUGAAACCAACGAAAAAUUCAAUGGUUACAUACCUGUUAAGGAGCUUCAGAUCACAUACAGCAGAAGCAGUGGUCCUGGGGGCCAAAAUGUGAACACCGUCAGCACCAAAGUAGAUCUGAGAUUUCAUCUCGAGUCUGCGACAUGGCUGAACGAAGACAUCAGGGCCAAGCUUUUAGAAAUACAAAAGAAUAAAUUAAACAAAGAAGGAUAUCUAGUUAUAAAGUCUGACCUGACGAGACAGCAGCACAUGAACUUGGCAGACUGUCUUUCAAAGCUAAGGAAAAUGAUUUGGGCUGCAUGCGCGGCCGACGCACCUGCGCCUGCCCCAUCUGCUGAGUUUUUGGAGAUGGCCAGGAGAAGAAAGGAAAAGGCUGCCAGAGAGAGGCUGUUGGAGAAGAGAAGCCGCUCGAUGACCAAACAGGAUAGACAAGCACCAUCAUUAGAUUAAAAAAAGCGUUCAAUAAAUCAUAUUAAGUUGUGA